GUCGGGGGCAGCAGCAGCAGGAGGAGCUGCCAAUUCAGGUUGUACAUCGUCGACAGCGAAGUCGACUACAAAUAACGGUGGUAAGACAAUCAAGCCUACCUCCCGCCUCCGCACCUCCUCGGCCGACGCGCACGAGCCGCCGUGGAAAAAGCGAAGCAGUGUCAAUGAAGACCUAUGCAUCGCAAAAGGACCGUACUGGGUACGUACAAAUUGCAGAAUACAAGUUUUAUAAUUCUCAGCAUGAGAAAUGGAGAUUCUCUUUCUCAUUCUAUUGCUAGUUUACCUUUGGUGGAAGCACAUUUAUCAAGCAUACCUGCAAUUAGUACAACCAGAGUACGAUAUUACUUUUGCAGUGCAUAAGACCAGGACGAAAACAACUACAACAACUCGCACAGCGAGCGGGAUAGCGAGCGGGAAAGCUGCAAUACGGAGAAUGAGG